UUAGGGCAACUUCUUUAGGAAUGCCUUGUCCACGAUACGUAUGUGAAUUAAGUUUAAUCUUGAAUGUACCCCAAAAGAACGGAGGAGCCUACAACAGCAUCGCUUCACAUUAUCAUCAUAUUAUCAGCAGACAUUUCAAAGGUAGAUAGAUAUAUUUAGCUUAUACGGGUAAAUUGCAGAAUGUGGAAACUGUAAAUGUGCACAUUUCAAUAAGUAUGUAAAUAAAUACGGAUGCACCAAGCUGUAUUCCCAUCUACAUUAAAUUCCCUCCACAUCGCCACUGGAGACAAGGCGGGGACCGCUGACAGCUGAUCCACGAUGGUAGAGCGGUCCGACCGCGCACCUCUGCUGGACUGGGAGGAAGUCCCAUCCGCAGAGAAGCCUCAUCCGGGUGGAGAGGAGAAGGACAGGGAUUCUAGCCCCUCCAACAGCAACCGUGCACAGGGUAGCACUGCGCCGGGGAUUGGGUGGAGCACCGGUCCGGGGGGUCCGGGAUCUACAUCUGUCUCUAUAGACCCAGACACAACCACAGCCCCGGCGGAUCGGGAUGCGCAGUGUGGCGACAAGGAUGACCACACUACGGACACAGGGCAAGGAGAGGUCCCACAUGAUAACGGGAUGGGGAGAUGGGAGGAAAAAGACCAGAUAGUGUCUGUUUUUGUGGUGGCAUUUAAUACAAGAUCAGGCAACAUGCUGGAGUGGUGUCUGCCCCAGGACAUGGACCUGGACGGGGUGGAGUUCAAGGCCAUUGCUAGUGGCUCCCACCGAGUCACCACCGACUUCAUAUACUUCCGGAAGGGCGGUUACUUUGGACUGGCCUGCUUUGCCAACAUGGCGGUGGAGAGCGCGGUGGAGCGGGGUGCCAGAAUGAAGUCAGUGGGGAUCCUGUCUCCCUCUUACACACUGCUCUACCGCUACAUGGGCUUCCUGGAGCACCAGGUCAGGCUCCAGCUGCAGUCCCCAGGCCACUACUCCCCCCUGGAGGCCUUCUAUGAAGACAAGAGGGCAGUGCUGCCCCCUCGUGGAGACAACGUCGUAACUGCAUGUCCUGCCAGUGCCUGGGGCGCUGCCCUCAACCACAGCAUGCACCCUGAGAUGAAGAUCACCCACCCAGCUGGGUGCAUGUCCCAGUUCAUCCGGUUCUUCGGGGAGCAGAUCAUGGUUCUGUGGAAGCUGGCUCUGCUGAGAAGACGCAUCCUCAUCUUCUCCCCUCCGCCUGUGGGAGUGGUCUGCUACAGGGUCUACUGCUGCUGUUGCCUUGCCAACGUGUCCAUCCCCGGAGUGGGCAUGGCAGUCCCCGAGUUCCGUCCCUUCUUCUAUGUGAACGUGGCUGACAUCAGCGCGCUGGAGAAUGAGCUGGCCUACGUGGCAUGCACCACGGAGAAGAUCUUUGAGGAGAAGAAGGACCUGUACGACGUGUACGUAGACAACCAGAACGUGAAGACGUGCCGGGAAGGCCUGAAGCCCUUGCUACGACUCAGCGCCGCCGACAGAGACAAGUACCGCAAACUGACCGAACAGAGGCAGAUGCUGCUGUACUCCCAGGAGGAGAAUGGAGACUGUGUGUCUAGUGAAGAGGAUUUGUUCAUUCUGUUUUUCCUUGAGCAGAACAACCGGAUCUUCCAGACGCUGAGUGAGGUGGCAGGGAGCCCUGAACCCACCCUGACCCCAGAGAGCGUGAGGGCCAUGGGCCUGGACCCCCACGGAGACAGGCUCUUCCUGCUCCACCUGCUGGAGACUUACGGCUACGACACCCUGCUGGUCACUGACCACCCCUGCUGCAGCUGAGCCUGGGUCAGGAUGAGGGCCGUCUAGUCUGGAUGUGGCAGUAGCAGCUGGGACAUGGACACUCACCUCUGUCCCACAAACCCCCAUCCUCUCACAGACUCACUGUGCACCUUACCCAGGCUGACCCGAGGCCAGUGAACUAGAGAGUUGCUAUGUCACACGUCAACAGUGGCAUGGCGGCUGUAUGGAUAUCAGUUUUGGGGGAAACCUGGUUGGAUAAGUGAGCUACUGAACUAUUAGCAACACGUGGGCACUGAGUUC